AUGGGUGCAAACAUCGAUUCCUUUGAACAUCAAAAUCCAAUUAUCCCCAAGAAGGCGAAAUUCAUACCAACAGGGGGUUCGGGUACCAAGUCCGUAAUGGAGGAGAUCGAAAUUCCAGACAUUACUGUGAACUUAUCUAAUAAGGACACAAAUGAGGAAAAUAUUCCUGAUGAAUUGAUAAUGUCAGGAAAACAAUUCAAAAUAUUGAAUUCCAAGAUGAAUUCGAUUUUACAGUUCUUGGCUGAUACAGGAAGCAAGCAUUAUGUGAGUGGAGUCGAAGUCGACUAUCUUCUCACGACUCAAGAGUCUCGACUGAGUACUCUAAUAGAUGAUGUUGAUAAGAGAAAUGAUGAAAUGGUUCUCAAUCAUUCUAGAAGUAUUAAUGGUGAAAUUUCUAAGCUUAGUGAUGUUUCGAAAGAACUUCAUGAGCUUCUUGCAAAGCAGCUUGAGGAAACGAAAGUCUUUUUAUAG